AUGAUUUUGACAGUUCCCCCUUUUGAGCUGGAUUCAUGGCGUUGUUGGUCGGAGCAGCUGGAGCGACUCUAUUGCACUUGGUUGACAGUAGAGAAUCCCGUUCAGACGGAUUACUCUUUCUACGUCCAGAUCAAUGGGAUGGAGAUGACAGAAUGCCAGAAGCCGAACCCAGAUGCAACGGAAUGCGACUUGAAGACAGAUGAGACUCCUCCUCCUCCUCCCGAUGAGACAGGAACGAAGGUGGCAGUGGAUGCCCAGAACCCACUCGGCAAUCGAAGCUUCAAUUAUCUUUUCGAUUUCUACCGGAACAUUAAGAUCAAGGCAUUGGAGAAUGUUGCCGUGGGGGAAGUGGAGGCAGAGACACUGGACGUCACCUGGGAUCUCCCGGCAGGUUUACAGCUCUACAACAUCUCCAUCGUCCAUAACAUCAAAUGGGUACAAAGCUCAUGGGCCGACGAGCUUCCUUUCACUGGCAUGACGAAUUACACGAUCCCAGGAGCGUCCAAUGAAAAGUCCUGGAAUUAUACAUUGACGGGCCUUAUACCGAAUACCGAAUAUGAAGUCUGGAUUAAGGCCGUCGUCGAGGAUGCAGAAUUCCCCGAUCUCUGGUCCAGUCCUUCUACGGUCGUCGCCAGAACGUUGCCGAAAGCGCCAGACAGGAGCCCAGAAGUGCCGCCGGGGAGCUUCCACGUUCAGCAGAUUGAUGAUUAUCACAGGAAUAUUCACCUUUACUGGAUCCCGUUGAGAGACUGGGAGCAUUACUCUGACAAUUUCACCUACAAGGUAGAAGGGCUGGAAAUAUCAACACAAGAGAAGGUCCAGCCAACGUCUGUGACGGACACGUCCGCCGUCUUCGAAAACCUAAAUACCAAGUCGGUCGUCAGAUUCGACAUCGUCUCUAAAAACGAAAAGGGAGAGUCCCCGAGGCCGUCAACCAUUGAAGUCGACGAGGAAAGAAACCGAAUCCAAAGCCCGAUGAUCCAGAACGAAAUCUCAACCGAUGACGGGAAGUACUUUUUCGAGUGGAGACCGUCCGAAGAGAAGAAGACGACUAAUUUCACAGUGUUUUGGUGCCAUAACUCUCCACACUGGCCGGAUUGUAAUUCCGUCAUCAACUGGAUUGUCGUUCCGAGGAACAUCACCACUUUUGAGCUGAAGUCCGAGGAACUCCUCAAAUUCGCCGUUGCGGCCAACGGAGAAUCUGGGGGCAGUGGGAUGGGCUGGGAGAGGUUCGAAUCAUCCCAAGACCCAGGACAGAGUAUCCCUGUAGUGGCUGUGGUGGUCCCUGCCAUAAUUGGUGUGAUUCUGGUCGUAUCAGCUGGAUUGGGGGGCAAGAGGUUGUGGAAAUUCAUUCAAGAGGAAAUCAAAAUAGAUCCGAAAUUGCCAUCAGUAUUCUCUGGCGGUAAUCUGAAUGGGACAGAGGAGCGACCGAACGAAGCUUCUCCGUAUGAAACUGAGAGCGUUAACGCGAACACGACCAUCUCUGGUUUUCGAGAGAUUAGACAGAAGCAAGAGGAUGAUGAAGAGGCUGCUUGGCCCGAAUCCCAAUUCACAUUAUUUUCACCGCCAGACUGGAGAGAAGAUGUGUCGCCUCCACAGGAUAAUAUACAGUUUCACAGAAGUCGCCCAGAAGCAGGGUCCACCGCAGACGCACCAGUGUCUUAUCUCCAAGUUGCUUUCCUGAAAGAGGAAUCUAGUUCUGGCACGAAAGGCUCCAUUCUUGGCAGUCCCACAAACAGGACACGAAGUCCGGUUCAAACAUUCAGGAAAUUGUCCGAUUCUUUGGAGAAUCCCGGUUAUUACAUCGUGGGCGAAGAGGAGACGGGCCUCGCACCCAGUGAAAAAGAUAUCAAUUACGCAUGUUUUGACUUUGAGGAUGAAGAAAAAGCACCCGAGGAAGGACAUGAUGACGGCAACAGGAUUCCCGACAGUGAACAUGUAUCCCUUAACGAUGACGCGGAACUCCCGAAAAAUGUUGGUAUCGUCCAGAUGGAGACGCGACAGAAUGCCCCGAGUACAGGUUACGUUCAAGCCAGUGUGUUGUCCAAUCCCGGUGCAAGUGCGUCGUAUCUCAGCACGAACUCUGAACUGGAGAUGAGUCUCCUUGAAAGGGACCAGGGACACGAAGGGGAAUCGAUGCAAGCUGCUGCAUCUUGUGAGAUUCAUUAUGUGGAAGCAGGAGAUGUAUUUUAAAGAUAAUUAUGAGAGAUAUAAAUGAAGGUAAAGUGAAAUGCAUCAAUAUCACUCUUACUUUCAUGUAAGGCUCAACACGCAUGACUUGUAUGCAUUAAACUCAGAAUGACUUUGCACAGGGUGGCGCAUGAUAUGUUGACAUUUUUAGUCUAAAUAAAAAGUUUAUUUUGAC